CAGUCGUCGGCGGAAGCUGACACGAAGCGCGACCUCGAAGGGCCGCCGUAAACGCGAAACGGUGACGUAGCCCACGGCGUGAUAACGCCGACGCAGGUAUAUACAUUUCGCGCGCGCCAAUUAUCGGCGCGGUAACGCGGCCGAUUUCGAGUUCGUGAUAACUCGCCCCGCGGACCGACGAUGAUAAUGGCAGGAUAAUACUGAGCUGCGGACCGAACGAAAAGAUGAGAGAUCGAGUAGCCCGACCAUUCAUGUAAAACUCGUGGUCGAGUACUGCAUACUGAGGGACCAGCCUCGUGAAUGAACGCGAGAUGGACGUUUGAAUCGAAGCCGUCAUGGCCCCGUUUCUAUUGAUCCUGCUGCUACUGGCAUCGUUGCACAACCUGAUACACCCGAUAGAUGGUGCCAUUGAUGGAGGUGAGUCGACAAAGCAGAGCGACGUCGAAGCUUACCAAAGGCCCGCCAAGAAUGUUGUAGCACAAACCGGCGGAAAUGCGCUGCUGCCCUGCCGAUUUAACGGUCCCGGAAUAGUAACUUGGAUCAGACAAGGACAUGCGAAAAAUCGCAAGGACAGACAGCUGUUGACUGUGGGUAGAAGCACACAUUCUAAAGAUACGCGUUUUGUCGUCGUGAAUAGUCCUGACUGGAACUUGAUGAUUAAGAGUGUCAAGCAUGAAGAUGCGGGCCUUUAUGAGUGCCAGAUACAGACGGAGCCAGUGCAGCAGCGGUUCGUGCGGCUGAAUAUCACGGAGGCGUACUCGGUGAUACCAGGUGGUCCAAAUCUCCACGUGAAGCAAGGCUCCAGCCUACGUUUGGAGUGUCAGCUGAUGGCGGCCACGGAAUCGCCCAGCUACAUAUUCUGGUUCCGCGAGGAACGAAUGAUAAACUACGACAACGAGCCUGGCGUUCGGGUCGAGCUGAAGAGAAACGGCUCGGUGCUCGUUGUGGAGAAGGUGAAGCUUUCGCACGGCGCGAAUUAUACAUGCUCGCCGAGCAAUGCCAAGCCAUCUUGCAUCAUGAUACACGUCAUCGAAGAGGAAGAGAAACCAGCAGCCAUGCACGGCGGCGAUCGGCGAAAUUCCACGGCAGCCACGUCGGGCAACACCAUGCUGACUUUCAUGGCUCUCCUGAUUAUUCCGGAUAUAAGACGAUGCUUCGAGAAUCUCAUUUGCCACGCCACGUGACUAUUGCGAGCCGGUAUCCUCGCGAGGCUGCAGUCGCUGCAGAAUGUGAACGAGCUCGCUGGAAGAAGUUCGAGGGAUUUUUUCCGAGUUUGGCUCGAAACGUCUCGUUACAUAUGCAUUCGAAAAAUCGUCGUUCUUUUUACAUCGAUGCAGCUUCUCGCGCCUCACCUCUUAAAACAGCUAGCGUCCGGCGACGUCGCGCGAACGUCGCGAAAUCGGCGGAUGUGACGGCGUCGCCGCGCCGGAUCAAAGAAGAAUCUCUUUGCGGGUAAACUUAAGGCGGGAGAUCCAGCAUGGCAAACGGUUUUUCGAGAGUCUCGCAUAGCAUCCCCAGCGGUGAAACCCGAGAAGGACCGCGAAGUUUCGUAUAACCGUGUAACUUUCGUUUAAAGGAACGUCUCGUCCGAGUGGCACUGCCUGAUAGAAACUCCGCUUGAACUCGUAACGAGUGAAUAAUAUCCGCGAAAUGAGAUUUGGUCGUCUUCCGGGGGGAGGGGGGGUUGAGGGGGGACGAGGGGGCGAAUUUGUUCGCGAACUUCGCAAACCAAGUUGCAGGCCUGUGUCGUCGUUGGUCAUCAUAAACUUCCGCACGUCGAGACAGAUGCUUUCUCUCCUCCGCGAAAAACUUGCCAUUUCCGCUUACAUCAAAGUGUCGUUAAAAAAAUUCUGUUAACUCCUUUCGUAGCACGAGAUACUCAACUUUACUUUAUUUUGAGUCGAUGAUCAUUAAUCUUUCUUGCAUUUUCGAGAUAUCUUCAUGACAUGAUGGAGACGACGCGGGUAUGAAAAUAUGCUGAUAUUUUUAUAUAUAUUUUUUAUGUCGGUAAAAGAAAAAACAACUAAUAAAAUAUAUUAGUUCGUCUGUCGUGUGGCAGCGCGCGGAUGAUUUUUCGCGAAUCCAACGAGAGACUUAUAUACGAUUUACAAAGAUUUUCGCGUUUCAGAGACUGUUGAGUUCGUAAUCUUGAAAUGCACCGUAUCUUUGCAAACGAAUUUAGCGAGUAAAUCUUAUCGCGAGGUAAAUAGUUCUUCGUCUUGAGAAUCGUAUUAUUUGUUCGGUAUAAGUUUAGCAAGUUUCCUAGUUUGAUGAUAAUGAGAUAUCAAAUACUGUAAACAAAAGUUACGCAUAGUUUCCGUUGACGCUGAUUCCUCUUGGCUGUUACUGAUGUUGAUGAUAACAAACUUUCUCCAUCUACUUGUCUAUUGUUAUAUAUAUGAUGUAAUAUAAAAUGAGAAAAAGUGUAUAUUUACGAAUUUUUCAAUGUUUUAAGUGAUAACUGUUUUUUUAAUUGAUGGCCACAUUGUUAAAAUCUAUUUUCUUUGACAAUAUACAUAUUACGUGUUAAUAAUACAUGUUAUAAAAUACUGCCAGAACUCUAGCUGUUUCGUCUCUUAUGUAAUUAAAAAAUUGCAUAACAAUGUUAAAGAACAUGUGAGUAUUUACAGCAAUAAACACACGUAAUGUAUGUA